AUGGACAUUUUUCAAAGAUUUUGGCAGUGGCUCCUUAGCAUUUUUAUUAAAAAAGAGCUGAAUAUUACAGUUAUAGGGCUUCCAAAUGCCGGAAAAACAACUUUCGUAAAGGCGUUGGCUAAUCAAAAUACAACUGUUCCAACAACACCAACAAUUGGAGCUCAAUUUUCAUCUUUAUCUAUCGGUAACUUAAAAGUAAAUGUCUCGGAUAUGAGUGGUAGCCAAAGUUUUACAUUUUUAUGGAGUAUAUAUGCCAAGCAAGCAGAUUUAAUUAUUUACGUAGUAGAUGCAGCAGAUUAUGAAUCAAUAUUACAAUGCCAAAAUAAUUUAGAAUCACUUUUUGAAGAUGCACAUUACAAAAAUAAACCUCUUAUAGUUAUAGCAAAUAAACAAGAUAUACCUGGUUGUAUAUCUGCGGAAGAUUUAUAUACAUCCCUUCAAUUAAAAGACGAAGGCGAUCGAAAAAUACAGAUUUUUGCCUUAUCGGCCAAAACAAAACAAAAUUUUUCACCACUUUUACGUUAUCUUGUUGAGAAUUUCUAA